AUGCACUGCUCCGAUGAGACUCAGCUGUGCCCCAGUGGCCCCCUGCGCCCCAGUUUCGCCUCUGUCACCCCCAUCGCGGACCCGGACGAGCUGCUGCGGGCCCAGGCCGAGCCGGACCGGAGCUAUGAGAAUGGGCCCUACACACUCAUGAGCAACCAUCUGCACCACCCGCAGCUGCUGCUGCUCCUGGCCGUGAGCCCUUCCCUGGACCUGCGCGAGGUGCGUCUGGUGUUUGAGAGGGUGGAGAUGGGCUCCCUCUACUGGGCCCUGCACCAGGAGGCACCCCGCCCCCCGGCACCCCCCUCCUGCCUGGCCGCCUUGCGCCUGCUGUUGCAGCUGUGUGAGGCGCUGCUGUUCCUGCACGGGCAGGGGUAUGUGCACCGCGCUCUCACCUCCCACGCAGUCCAGCUGGCACGCCCCGGCCUGGCGAAACUCGGCAGCCUGGAGUACAUGCAGCCACGGGCCGAGACUGGGUCUCGGGACCCCACACCACCCCCUGAGCUCUAUAACUGGCUGCCCCCGGAGGUGAUCCGUGACCGCCCAGCCUCCACGACCUCCGACCUGUACAGCUUCUGUGCCGUCACCCAGGAGAUCUUCACAGGUGCCGUGCCCUGGUACGGGGCGGCGGGUGCGGCUGUGCGGCAGUGGAUGCAGGCAGGCCGGGCUCUGGCCCCCGAUGCCUGCGUGCCCCCACCCUGCUAUGAGGUGGUGAGGGCUGGGCUGGCCUUCCGGGAGCGGGAACGCUGUGGCUCCCUGCCUGACAUUCGCUACGUCCUGCGCAAGGCCCUGCAGGAGGCCGCGGGGCGGCUGGGCGGCCCGCUGUCCCUGUCUCCCAGGAGGCUGUGCGCGUGGGCAGGAGAGGCCUGGACCCCCCUGGAGUGCCUCCCUGCAGCCCCUGCAGGUGAGAGCCAUGGGGUGCGGGUGGGGUGGACAGGGGGUACUGACGCCAGGCCCUCACCCCCACCCCUCUGCUCCCCAGAACCACUCUACUAUGAGGUAGGGGAUGGCAGUCCAGAGCGGGCAGCAGCCGAUGGCAACGCAGGCCGAUGGGCUGAGCCGGGCAGUGGCAGCCCAGUGCCAGGGCUGCAGGGCAAGGGGCAGCCCAGCCCCCUGGCGCGCCAGGCCAGAGCAGCCUCAGACAGCAGCUUGGAGGUGGACAGCAGCAGCCAGGAGGAGACAAGGGGCAGUGAGAGUGGCAGCCCAGGCUCCAGCACCACGGUAUGUGGGUCUGUGCCCCCUGCCCUGCUCGCCUCAGCUCCCCCGGCAUUUAACCCCUCUGCGAAGAUUAUACCCAUAUUUGACCCAGAGAAGUUGAACUUUAGGAACUCCCCAAUUCCUCUGGUGUGGAAAGAGAGAUUGAAAUGGAAACUCGUGCAGAGAGCCCAAGUGUUCUCCACUUGCCCCAUUACAGCUCCCACUGGCAGAUAUGGCUGCAGAGCGGGCAGCGAUGCCCAAGGAAGGGGAGGUGCUGCCCACAGGAAGUCUCCUGUGCUGGACGCAGAACCUGCGGUGGAAUUACAGCCCGUUCCAAGGAAGGAGCCGGCCCGGCCCCCAGCCCUGCCCUGCGUGAGCAGCCUCCAAGCCUCAGCCUGCCUGCUGGAUCAGGCCCAAGCCUCGCUGGAAACCCUGGAGCGCCGCUUUGCCUCUGGCAUCCAGGCCCUGCAGGACUUUGUCAGCCUCCAGGGGGCGCUCCCGGCCCAGCCACGCUGCGGCAGGCGUGGGGCUGGCCAAACAGGGGCCACCCGGGCAUGCUGCAGCCUGGGGGCCCUGCAAGGGUCCGGCCAGCCACCCAUGGCCCCAGCAGGCAAGCAUAGCAGGGCCAGCACAGGGCCUGGGGGUCGUCCCCUGCAGACCCUCAUCGAUUUCUCUGCCUGGGUACGAAUGCAGGAGCAGCAGCAGGCUGGACCUGCUGCAGGAGAUAAUCGACGAGCUGAAGGGCACGGGAGACGCCGGGACCAGGCGGCCGGAGGGCAGGGAGCAGAGCAGGGCAGCACGACAGAAGAGGACAGCUCGGUCCCACGCAGCAGCCGAGAGUGGCACCGUGCCCCUGCACCAGGACAGCUAGGGUGUGGGAGAGAGGGGGGCUUGGGCCUCCCUUUAAGACCCCCACCCCAACCGCUGUGAACGGGCCGAGAUCUGCUCCCCCCUCGAUGACAAAUAAAUGGCCUGGCCAGAGCUGGGGGCUGUGCGCAGUGAGACGGCAACACGCCCCCACCCUCCCCGACAUCUAACCAGAGCCCCCUGCUCCCAGCCAGAGAUACAUCCUCCCCCCCCCCGCCCCCCGGCAUCUAACC